CUAGAACUCAAAGAAAUCGAGUCAAGGAAUUAAGAGCAACAAUAUCUAAUCUUUGUGAAGAAUUGUCGGGUUUCAAACAAAAAUUAGAAAUUGAAGAAAAUGUUAACAAAAAUUUGCUCGAAAUUGUAGAGAAGAACGAGAAGCUCUAUAAAGAUUAUAAAAAAAGAACCGAAGAAGCCUUAGAUACCAAAAAUUGUAUAAUUUUUUCGAACGGUCUUAUAACUCCUGAGUUUGUUAUAAAUUAUAGAAAUGAAGCUGAUUUUUCAUCAGAUUUAUUUUCCGCAAACGAUCUUGAUGACAAUGGUAGUAAUAUCGACAACAGCAUUCAUAGCAACUACGAGCACAACACUGAUGUUGACGUCAUAACACCCAGGGCCAAGAAAUUAAAAGCAACAAUAUCAAUUCUUAACAAAGAGUUGUCGGAUCUCAAACAAAAAUUAGAGAUUAAAGAAAAUGAUAACAAAAAGUUACUCAAAAUCAACGAGAAUCUCGAGAAACGCUUUGACGAUUAUAAAAAAAGCACGGAAGAAAGCUUAACUUAUAAGAAUCUUAUAAUUUCGGCGCUUUUUAAAAACAAUAGAAAUGGAUUUGGUUUUGUACCAGAUCUAUCUUUCACACCAGAUCUAUAUUUCGCAAAUGAUUUAUCUAUGGGUGAUAAUAAUAAUACAAACAACAUAAACAAUAAUAGCGAUUACACUCAAAGUCAACUCGAUAAUAAUGCUGAUAUCAAUCUCAAUAGCAUCAUCAAUAGUAUCAUCAAUAACAAUGAUGUGGAUAUAAUAGUUUGA